GUUUGAUCUGAUUUCGGAGAAGAAGUCUCUGUCGCGUCCUAUCGAGGACUAUGGUACGCAGAAGUCUGUGCCUGUCACCGCAGCCAAACGCAUGGGCGACUUUUUGGGCCCAGAGGUGCUCAAGGGAAACAGCCUGUCCUGCCAGCUCAUUAUAUCUGAGAAGCCCAUUGGGGCGCCCGUGACCGAGCGUGCCGUGCCAAUCCUCAUCUUCAAAGCGGACAAGCACGUGCGCCGUACGUUUCUGCGCAAAUGGCUUAAGGACAGUUCACUGAUCGACUGCGACCCCCGGACUGUCAUCGAUUGGAAUUAUUAUGUAACAAGAUUCGGGUCUGUGAUCCAAAAAAUCAUCACCAUCCCGGCGGCUUUCCAGCAGGUGUCUAAUCCGGUGCCGCGCGUGAAGCAUCCUGAUUGGCUGAGCAAACGCGUGCGUGAGCGUUUGGACACAUUUAAGCAAAAGAAGAUGAACAACUUCUUCUCGGUCAUGACGGCCGAGGAUAAGGCCCUGCAGGAGAAGGCUAGGGCUAAGGAGAUGGAAAGCAAGGUGAGG